UUGAUUGUUAGCCCUGUAAAUAGUGCUUCGCUUCCUAAACUCAAUUUCGUAUUUCGAAGGUAAUUCUAUUCUAUUAGGACUUGACUAUCAUAAAAUGGUAACGACUCGUUCACAAAACAAAGGCCAGGGGCCAGCCUUGGGCGAAAAACGGUCUCAUAGCGAAGCAAGGUCCACUAAAACCCAGAAGCCGAAUGCGAAACAGCAAAAGAUGGAAUCUUUAAAUAAUAAAGAAGCAAGUGGAAAGAAUGAUGCCGACGAGAAACCCACCAGUGCCAAAACAAAACAACCAGGAUCCAAAAUUGAACAACUCAUAUCUCAAUAUGGAGAGCUGCCACUUAGCCAGACGGAUUUAUCCGAACCAGAUAAACCAACACCUGAUACAGCCUUAGCGUUACUUUUGAACGCCAUGUUAUCGUCAUCGAGAAUUUCGCAUGCGUUAGCUGCGAAGACUGUGUCGUUAGUAAUCAAAGCGGGCUAUCAUAAACUCGAUGGUUUAAAGAAAAGUAGCUGGGAGGAAAAGACGGAGGUUCUCACCGAGGGCGGAUAUACGCACUAUAGGGAAAAGACGGCAACUAUGAUGGGUGACCUCGCUCAAUUGAUUGAAGAUAAGUACGAGGGCGACCUAAACACGAUUCCUCAACUUGCUUCCGAGAACCCGACGAAAAUCCGGGCUGAGCUCAAAAAUAUCAAGGGCUUAGGGGACAUCGGCAUUAAUAUUUUCUUUGAUACUGCGCAACAUAUCUGGCCUUGCCUAGCGCCAUUCAUAGACCCAAGGAGCUUGAAGACGGCGGAAGCGAUUGGGAUUGGGGCGGAUGUGGAUACCUUGUGGCAAGAGGUUUCCGAAGACCCUGAGCUGUUGUGCAGAUUAGCUGCUGCACUGACGAAGUUGAGACUAGAUGGGAGGACGAACGAAUUUCAAGGAUGA